CGAGUUUUGAUAGGUUGAAAUGAUGGGGUUCAACUCCUAGGCAGCUUCUCCGCCCUCCGCCCUCCAACCACAAAGCGCGUGUGAGCUGCCACUUUUGAAUAGAAUGAAUUUCGGUUUUCUUUCUUUUUAUUGUUUAGGUUCGCUCCAAGAAACUUGUAGAAAGCGAAAACCUUGAAGAUAUUAGCAGUCAAUGCAAUGUUUUCAUAACAAAAAAAAAAAAUUUUAUUUUCCAAUUCUAUAGAAGAAGCGGAGAAGAACCAUUUGUAGUUGGUCUCUGGAACGGAGGAAUUUUCGAGCAUCGUUUCGGAUUUGUUUGGUUUAUGAGAAUCUAUACUUAUUAGGGUUUAAUUUUUUUUCCCUGGAUUGUAAUUGGGCUUCAAUGGAUUCUGCUACUACUCAAAGUGCGUCGCUCGGUCAAACCGAGAUUAAUUGGGAUAAGCUUGAUAAAAGUAAGUUUUAUCUCGUAGGAGCUGGAAUAUUUACGGGUGUUACGGUUGCACUUUAUCCCAUUUCUCUUGUCAAGACUAGGCUGCAGGUUGCUUCAAAGGAUGCUGUUGAGAGGAAUGUAUUUUCAGUUAUCAGAGGCAUACUGAGAACAGAUGGGAUUCCUGGUUUAUACAGGGGUUUCGGCACAGUCAUUACUGGAGCAAUUCCUGUCAGGAUUAUAUUUCUUACUGCACUAGAGACUACAAAAGUGUCUGCUUUGGGGAUGAUUGAACCGUUCAAAUUUUCAGAACCUGCAAAGGCAGCCAUUGCAAAUGGAAUUGCUGGCAUGGCAGCAUCCCUUUGUUCUCAGGCUUUGUUUGUUCCGGUUGAUGUGGUUAGCCAACGGUUGAUGGUGCAAGGGUAUUCAGGGCAUGCGCACUAUAAUGGGGGCUUGGAUGUUGCUCGUAAGAUUCUAAAGUCAGAUGGCAUUCGAGGACUAUAUAGAGGGUUUGGUCUAUCUGUUAUGACUUAUUCUCCAUCUAGUGCUGUAUGGUGGGCAAGCUAUGGAUCUAGCCAACGGUUCAUCUGGAGGCUCUUAGGUCAAGGCACUGAGCAUGAUGAACCUACUCCUAGCCAGUGGACGUUAGUGUCGGUUCAAGCUGCUGGAGGGAUUUUCGCUGGUGCUACUGCAUCCUCCAUCACGACACCAUUGGACACUAUUAAGACUCGCUUACAGGUGAUGGGACAUGAAAAGAGACCCACGGCAAGACAAGUAGUUAAAAGCCUGAUUGCAGAUGAAGGUUGGACGGGAUUAUAUAGAGGAUUGGGUCCGAGGUUUUUCAGCAUGUCAGCAUGGGGAACGUCAAUGAUACUCUCCUAUGAAUAUCUGAAGCGAUUGUGUUCAAAGGAUGAAUAGAUUCAUCCCAGAGACCUGCCACCAUUGCUUCUUCUUAGCAAGGGACAGCAAGAUUUUUAUUGUAGCUGCCUGGAUUUGGAAUACUUAUUCGAAGAUGUCUGUGUUAAUACACUCAAAUUCUUACUUUUCACUCCAAAUACCAUAACAGGGUCACAGCAUUGCAGCAUUUUUUACUGGGAGCAAACCCAUUUGCUAUUAUUAUAAAUGGAUUAGUUGAACAAUUAAUUCGAAGCUUGUAGGAUUAAUCUCUAUUUGUUGUAAAAUUAUUUACGUCAUGUUGUAUCAAAUGU